CCGGGGCGCCCAUCCGUCUCCCUGGCUGACUCCAGCGUGUGUUUUGUUUUUCUUUCUUUUCCACCCCCCGUCCCCGGGUGCCUUGCUCCAGGAUGGCAGAGGCGGAGUUGCACAAGGAAAGGCUGCAAGCCAUAGCAGAAAAAAGAAAGAGGCAGACUGAAAUAGAAGGCAAGCGGCAAGAGCUCGACGAGCAGAUACUCCUGCUGCAGCAUUGCAAGUCCAAAGUGCUCCGGGAAAAAUGGCUGCUGCAGGGUAUCCCGGCUGGAACUGCCGAAGAGGAGGAAGCCAGGAGGCGGCAGUCUGAGGAGGAUGAGUUCAGAGUCAAACAACUGGAAGAUAACAUUCAGAGGCUGGAGCAGGAAAUACAAGCGCUAGAAAGUGAAGAGUCUCAGAUAUCUGCCAAAGAGCAAAUCAUCCUAGAGAAACUAAAGGAGACAGAAAAAUCCUUUAAGGACCUUCAGAAGAGCUUCUCCAAUGCGGAUGGAGAUGCAGUAAAUUACAUUUCCUCCCAGCUCCCCGGCCUGCCAAUCCUCUGUUCACGAACAGCAGAACCAUCACCUGGGCAGGACGGGACUAGCAGAGCCGCUGCUGUGUACGCCAUGGAAAUUAAUGUGGAGAAAGACAAACAAACAGGAGAGACCAAGAUUCUCUCUACAUCCACCAUUGGCCCAGAGGGGGUCCAUCAGAGAGGAGUCAAAGUCUAUGAUGACGGUACCAAAGUAGUAUAUGAGGUGCACUCGGGAGGCACUGUGGUAGAAAACGGAGUGCACAGGUUAAGCUCAAAGGAUGUAGAAGAGCUUAUUCAGAAGGCGGGACAAUCAAGCUUCAGAGGAGGGCACGUGUCGGAAAGAACUGGGAUCGCAGACGGGAGCCUCAGCCACCCUAAGGAACACAUGCUCUGCAAAGAAGCCAAGUUAGAAAUGGUACAUAAGUCUAGGAAAGAUCAUUCUUCCGGGACCCCAGGGCAGCAGGCCCAAGCCCCCAGCACUGAAGGGCCCGAGGCAAACUUGGAUCAGCCGGUCACCAUGAUUUUCAUGGGCUACCAAAAUAUCGAGGACGAAGAGGAGACCAAGAAGGUGCUAGGCUACGAUGAAACCAUCAAGGCUGAAUUGGUCCUCAUUGACGAAGACGAUGAGAAGUCAUUGAGGGAGAAGACAGUGACGGACGUGUCCACUAUCGAUGGGAACGCAGCCGAGCUUGUGUCCGGGAGGCUGAUCUCAGACACCACAGAGCCCUCAUCCCCAGAAGGGAAGGAAGAGAGCCUGGCCACAGAGCCAGCCCCAGGAGUCGGGUGGGAGACUAUGCUGCUAAAGGGAGAUGAGGCAGUCUCAGAUGCCACAGAAACAUCCAAUGCAGACAUGACUAUCAAGAAGCCCCCCCAGCUCUCCGAGGAUGAUAUCCGGCUAGAGGGCCAGAGAGCCGACGGCAGUGCCGACCCCCUGGAACCUGCACCCAGCGCCCUUCCCCCAGACCACCAAGCCAUGGAAAUUGAGGUGUCGCUGGCAGAAUGUAAAAGCAAAAGCGUCCCGGGAAUCAGCUGCGCCCCACAUUCCAUGGACCGCUCCUCCCCUUUCUACUCUCCCCCCCACAACGGGCUCCCGGCCGACCGCCCCGAGGUUCUGGAUAACGAUGUGGCCCGAGAGAUCCGCUACCUAGACGAGGUGCUGGAGGCCAGUGGCUGCGACGCCCCGGCGGCGGACGGGGCUUACAACGGCACGUGGUCCCCGGAGCCCCUGGAGUCCCCAGAGCCCCCAGAACCCCCGGAGCCCGGCCUCAGCCCCCCUGCCCGUGCAUCCGGGCCGCCCCAACCCGCGGGGAGUGCAGCAGCUGGACGGGUCCCUCCGCCCACUGAGGCCACCACCGGCCCCCCCGGGGGCGCCCUGGCGGAGGCCACAGAGGCCAACGGCCGCGCCCCAGCCCUGGACCAGUCCCGGGACGCGCUGGCGGGGCGUGGGGGCAGCGGGGUGCGGGCGCCCGGGAGCACGGGCCGCGAGGGGGAGCCCAUGCUCACCACGCUGAAGAAGGAGGCCAAGUUUGAGCUGCGCGCCUUCCACGAGGACAAGAAGCCCUCCAGGCUCUUUGAGGACGACGAGGGCGAGAGAGAGCAGUACUGCGUCCGCAAAGUGAGGCCGUCGGAGGAGAUGGUGGAGCUGGAGAAGGAGAGGAGGGAGCUCAUCCGGAGUCAGGCCGUGAAAAAGAACCCUGGCAUUGCGGCCAAGUGGUGGAACCCUCCCCAGGAGAAGACCAUCGAGGAGCAACUGGACGAGGAGCAUCUGGAGUCGCAUAAAAAGUACAAGGAGCGCAAGGAGAAGAGGGCGCAGCAGGAGCAGCUGCUAAUGCAGCAGCAGCAGCAGCAGCAGCAGCAGCCGCCGCCGCCGCCGCCCCAACCCCAGCCCCAGCCAUGCGCAGCACCUGCCGCCCCCCGGGACCCUGCCGGCGCCACAGAACACGCAAAGGAGGACAUUGUCACCGAACAGAUAGACUUCUCUGCUGCCCGCAAACAGUUCCAGCUCAUGGAGAGUUCCAGGCAGACGGUGGCCAAGGGCCAGAGCACACCCAGGCUCUUCUCCAUCAAGCCCUUCUACAAGCCCCUGGGGUCGGUCAGCUCAGACAAGCCGCUGACCAUCUCGAGACCAGCUUCCAUCGGGGGGCCUCCAGAAGACCCCGGGGCAUCUGCAGCCAAGGGGCAGAAAGCCAGCUGUGGCCCGGAGAGCCAGUCUUCGGGGGGGAGCCAGGGCAGCACAGCUCCUCCGGGGAAGGAAGGGCCCUACAGUGAGCCUUCCAAACGCGGGCCCUUAUCCAAACUGUGGGCAGAGGACGGGGAGUUUACCAGUGCCCGGGCCGUCCUCACUGUGGUCAAGGAUGACGAUCCUGGGAUCUUGGAUCAGUUUUCCAGGUCAGUGAAUGUCUCCCUGACCCAAGAGGAGCUGGACUCUGGUUUGGAUGAAUUGUCCGUGAGGUCCCAGGACACCACUGUCCUGGAGACCCUGUCCAAUGACUUCAGUAUGGACAACAUCAGUGACAGCGGGGCAUCCAACGAAACCACCAACGCCCUCCAGGAGAACUCACUGGCCGAUUUUUCUCUGCCCCAGACUCCGCAGACGGACAACCCUUCGGAGGGCCGAGGGGAAGGCGUCUCCAAGUCAUUUAGUGAUCAUGGUUUCUAUUCCCCUUCUUCCACGCUGGGAGAUUCGCCAUCGGUGGAUGACCCCUUGGAAUAUCAGGCUGGUCUCCUGGUGCAGAAUGCCAUUCAGCAAGCCAUAGCCGAGCGAGCGGACAGGGCCGCGUCCGAAGCCAGCCAGCGUGGGCCCGAAGCACAGGGACCCCAAGCAAGUCUGGAGGAAGCGGGGGGCACUGGGGCCCCCGGCUCGGAGAAGCCGCAGAGCAUGUUUGAACCACCCCAGGUGUCCUCCCCUGUUCAGGAGAAAAGGGAGGUGUUGCCAAAGAUUCUGGCCACUGAAGACCGGGCGCUCAGGGACAGGGGGCCCUCCCAGCCGCCGCCCGCGCUGCAGCCCUGCGGCCCCGUGAGCAUGGAAGAGGCCAGACCUGAAGGGAGCUACUUCAGCAAGUACUCGGAGGCCGCCGAGCUCAGGAGCACGGCCUCGCUCCUGGCCACCCAGGAGGCCGAUGUGAUGGUGGGGCCCUUCAAGCUGAGGUCGAGGAAGCAGCGGACUUUGUCCAUGAUCGAAGAAGAGAUCCGAGCAGCCCAGGAAAGGGAAGAGGAGCUGAAGAGGCAGAGACAAGUCUUGCAGAGCACCCAGAGCCCCAGGGCCAAGAGCGCCCCGUCGCUGCCCUCCCGAGCGUCCAGCUGCAAAACCGCUCCAGGGACAAUAGAGAAAGUCAAACCUCCUCCAUCCCCCUCAGCUGAAGGCCCCAGCUCGCAGCCUGACUUAGCCCCUGAAGAGGCUGCCGGAUUCCAGCGGCCCAAGAAUCUGAUGCAGACCCUCAUGGAAGACUAUGAGACACACAAAUCUAAAAGGCGUGAGAGGAUGGAUGAUAGUAGUGUCCUUGAGGCCACACGGGUUAAUCGAAGAAAGAGCGCACUGGCCUUGCGCUGGGAGGCAGGGAUCUAUGCCAACCAGGAGGAAGAGGACCAUGAAUAAUAAACUUCCUUCCACCCAGGAAGCUUCUUUGGUGCUUGGGUUACCAAGAAACCAAGAAAUCCACACAUCGAAGCAUUUUAAUGGAAUAUUUAUUAAAGUGCGAACAAACUCCACAAUCCUUACGUAGACUAGAAGCUGCAAUGACCAACGAUGAAAAGAAGCCCACCACCAUCAAACUCUGUAAACACCCAGGAGUCAAAAGAGAAAGGAUUUUUUUUUUUUUGAGACUCGAAGAAUCACCUGGGUUUUGGACCAAUCCACAGUUGAUCCAAAAGGACAAAGCAGUAACAAGCAAAUCAACAUGGUUGCUACAGGCAGAACUAAGACCAGCCUCGCUGGGUGAUGAGGACAAACAUUGGUAACAGGGCCAUUUAGAGCAGUAGAGCCCACGCUGGUGCAGUCUACAGGGCGUUGGAUACUCCCUGCAUCGGUUUCCCACCUUCACUCACAGCAUCAGAGGUGUUGGGAUAACUCUGUUUACUCCAGCAGCCAUAAAAUGAAAUGCAAGUUGCUCUCUAUUUGCCUGGAAGAGGCACUUAUGAUUCCAUUUUUCUUGCAUUGAAUUGUUUUUAAUUGGGAGCAAUUAAUGAUGGGCAAUACAUAAAAAUCCACAUUUUUAAGACAAUGUUUCUUCAUGUUGCAAACACAAUCUAUUCUACACGAGGGGGUUGAGAAAGAGGGAGAAAGCCAAACCAAAUGGAUUAUUUUAGCUUUAGGAUCUCGUCUGCUUCUAGUGUUGACUAAUUUGCUGUUUAUGAGAACACAUUUUCACAGUUACGUUUCUUCAUAUGAAAACUAUAUUUAGCGGGCAACAACUAUUUUUAUGAUGGGAUGGGGGGAGUAUAUCCAUGUAUAAAAUCUGUACACAUUCAAUGACUUGGCUCAAGAUGGUUAGGGGUAUUUUUAGAAUGGCAAUAAUUAAAAAAAGGGCAAACGCUGCCUUAGAGAGGCAGAGGACAGAAAAUAAAAAGGUGUUUAUGACUAUAUUUUAUAUUAUAAAGUGGACCUUGGUAGGAGGAGUGAUAGAUUAUUUUGAUCAAUCAGAAAGGACACGUUAAAGAAAAGGUCAUGAAGGUAGACAGAGAAACAGAGAGGGAGAAAGUAGGAAAAUAAGGAAGUAAGAGAUACUAUUUUUGCUGAGCAACCAGCAUUUUUCAGGAUGAUAGAAAAAUAUAGAAUAGAAAUAUAAGUGCAGGCUUGGAAUCAGCUACAAAUCCUAAAGAUAGUGUGUGUGUGUGUGCGCGUGUGCGCGUGUGUGCGCAUGCGCACGUGCCUUUGUGUGUCUGGGUAAAGUGUGUGUACAAGGAUUAAAAUUCCAGAAUGAACAUGGGACAAGGGUGUACAGUUAUUUCCUCCAAAGCUGUCUGCCAGCGUCAGGAGUGAGUGAGAAUUUCUUUUUUAUGAAAAGGGAUAUAGAGGCACCGACCUGAUGCAGUAUUUGUAAUAUUAAAUUGACCUAACCUGGUAUUUGCAUGAGUCACAAUUGCAAAGUUUUGAGCGGUUUUGUAAUUUGACAUUUAGAAAAGUACCAUAUUUAUUCUCAUGCUUUGUAUUCAUAGCUUAGUAUACUGUAGAGGAUGCCAGCUUUACUCUUUCUGUCAUUUAAAGCAAUAUGAUAAGGGUAUUCAGUAAUUGAGUGCCCUGAAUUUCUGGAUGAGAAAAGUUUUUUAAUUCUGGCCAUGAGAAAAAAAAAAAAAAAAAAAAAAAAACAACUGACCAGCCUUUUUUUUUUCUAUUUGUUUUAAAACUAUGAUUUUUUUUUAAAAAAGCAAUAAUUAAGCCAGACCUCACUAAAAUUCCUUUUUGUUUUUAUGUUGUUAUGUCAUAAGCUCUGAUAUGUUAUCCUGACAAGUAGCAAUGCCACAACAGUUUGUAUGUAGAUUUUAGGCACAUUAUCUUCGCUUCUUUUAAUAGACUAGUGUUGACUUUAGGGGGAAAGUUUAUUCACAGACAAGCAGUGGGCAUAGAGUAAAAAUGCAACUGUCUGAUGACUUACAAGGAUCCUUUAAAACUGCCAAGGGAACCUGCAAUUUGAAGCCAAACUCUAGAGACGGGUAGUUGGCACCAUCUUUAUAUGGUUUAUUCUCCCGAACAUUCUGAAGGAAGACUCAACAAUAUAGGCUAGCCACUGGGGACGCAAACCAAAUAAGAUCCCUGCUGCAAGGAAUUCAUUUUCAAGUGAGGGAGGCUGGCAUGGAGACAUUCCCAGGAAAAUGAGGUCUGUGUUAGAUGGGAAGUCCUAAUGGAUGAAAUGAGAGGACCCAGGAAGGCUGCUUUGCCUGAGGAUUUCCGGCCUUCCCACGCCAGGCAGGCACGGGACUUGAAAACCAAAGGGGCCGGAGCUCCUGUGUGGCUCAGGGGCACAGUGGCAGGUAGCAAGGAUGGCCAGAGAGCAGAGUGGUUUUAUGAGUGGCACGAGAAAAUGAAACCUGCUUCGUGUUUUCUGGACCGACUCUGCACCUGCUAGUGAGCUAGACGUGAUAGAGACCAACACCAUCUUUCACCGGAGGAAACAGGCCCACCUGCCCCCCGGGACCAAGCUACAGUUUUUUUUUUAUUCUGUGUUGAAGGAAGCCAUGUGUUCACCCACCUUAAACCUACAUUUGAAAGGAGAAUCUGCAGCUGAUGGGAAAGCUUAGGAGGCCACACAGUUCAUGGAAUCGCUUUAGAGGCAGACCCAUUGGCCAUUGACCUCAGUUGAUUGAACCAGAAGCAUGAAUGGCGUUGCGUAGAGUCCUAGAGCCGAGUCCCUUGGCCUGUGCUCCAUGUGCAGAUAAGGCAACAGAUGCAGAGUGUCCGUGACCCUCUCACAGUCACAAAGCUGCUUAACUACGGCCCCUACAUCUCCAGCGUUUGCUCGUUCCCUCUGCUGCCUUCUGACGACUGCUAUUUCCUUGCUCCACUCACUUAUGAUCCUAUUAAGGUGUAAAUCACAGUUCCCUUGGAAGAGCCAGAUUUUCUCUGGGCUCUUGAGUUUUUUAACUCCUUCAGAAAACAUUGGCCAUUGUACAUAGCACCGUGCUAGGCUCUGGGAUCCCAAAUGAGCCCCUUUAACCUUCUGAAGACGCAACCGACCCCUUGGAGGAGAGUCAUUCCUGCCUAAUCUCAUCAAGAGGAAGAGGCUUGUCCAAGCAAAAAAAAAAAUGGGCCUCUGAUGCUCGUCCCUGCCCCCAAAUAGCACGCAAGCUUGUUAAUCUCAACUAUAACAAAUGUUUAGAUUCUGUAGAUGUUAAAAGCUUCCCUGAAAGUGUUCCUUUCCACAGUGUUUAUAGAUGUUCACUUUCCUCGGGAGCUGAUUAACUACUGACAUGCCUUGGCUUUCUCAUCCAGAAAUUAUGGAAACAGGGUCUGUCAGUGGUAGGAGGCUGGGCUGUGUUCUACUUGGAUGACACAAUGCAAUUUCCUUGCCUCUUUACACCUCUGCAUGCUGCCCACCCUAGACAAUGACAUAUAAGCAGUAUAUAGGUCAGUGUCCACAUAUAUACACAACACACACACGUAAUAAAGCGUAACAAGAAACUCUAAAACGGUGUUGACUCUUGUCUCUGAAGACAAACAUUUUUUUCCAAUUAAAGAAUGGAUGUAAUUAAACUAUGUAUUGAAAAAAAAUAGCCUAAGUGUUUAGAGAUGGUGAAUAUAUCCAGUUUUAGUGACAGAACCAAUUUCCUGAAUUUUAAGCAUUCAGUGAGUGAGCUGCCAAUUUUGAUUUUGUGUUGCCCUUUACCCAAAUGACAUUUUUUUUUUUCUCGGAGGAGGAGGGUGGGGAGGGAAGUAGCAAUACUGUGUUUGAAAAUUAUACUCUGUAUCUGGCUCUCCUGUGUAUGUUAACCACUUAAAUGUUAUUAUCCUGCUUUGGUUUUAUAGUGAUCGUGAAGCAUUCGAUGCAAGUAUACAGUUAUUUUCUCAUUAAAACCCAGUGUGUGCUGUGUUUUUAUAAA